AAGGUUUGGACCAAAAUGCAAUUGUACCCUUUUCUGCCUCUCAUUCACUCCCUGUCCCGGACGCGAUGACUGCCGCCGCCGCCGCCGGAGAAAUUCCGGCGGAAGAUGCCCCGCCGCCAGGGGCGCUCUACUCGUUCGGGACGCCAUGGCCGGAGUUCAACGAAGGGAUCUCCUACAUCGACACGUUCCGAUGCGCCGAUGCAGGCGCCACCACGACUUUGAUCGAGUUCUACUCCACCAGCUACAAGAGCUCCGCGCCAUUGCCAGGGUGGAUUAAGAGGAUUCGUGAUGGACAGAUAACAGUAGAUGGUGAAGUUGCCACUGAUCCAGAUAUGAUUCUCAGGGAGGGUUCUAAGUUGGUAUAUCAUCGCUUACCAUGGCAGGAGCCCUUCGCACCACAUUUACUUGAUGUGCUUUAUGAGGAUGAUGACAUGAUAGCCCUUAAUAAGCCUUCUGGCUUGCAAGUUCUUCCUAAAGGACUUUUCCAACAGCGUACUGUUUUAGCGCAACUUCAAUUGAAAGACUGGAAGAUGCCUUCAUCAUUCUGCUCAAAGCGAAAAGAUGCGCAAUCACACCCUGUACCUGUUCAUAGACUCGGAAGGGGCACAUCAGGUUUACUGCUUUGUGCAAAAACAAAGCUUGCCAAAGCUCAGCUUGCAGCUUAUUUUGCUGAAGGCGCUACAAACGCUGGAAAGAGCAGGGAUGAAACAGAUAUUUGCAAAGCGCGGAAAAUUUCAAAGUUCUAUCGAGCACUAGUAACUGGUAUCCUUGAAAAUGAUGAGGUUAUGAUUACCCAACCUAUAGGAUUAGUUCGUUAUCCUGGUGUCGCGGAGGGGCUUUAUGCAGCAUGUUCCUCAGGGAAACCAGCAAUGAGCAAAGUGCGUGUUCUUGAGAGACUUAAAAUCCAUAAUCAUACAUUGAUCCAGGUUGAAAUUCAUUCAGGACGCCCACACCAAAUUAGGAUACACCUUGCAUACAUUGGGCAUCCUCUUGUAGAUGACCCUCUAUAUGGCAUUGGUGGUCAGCCAAAAUUUGAUGAACCAGAACCUACUAGUACAGCUGAUUCUUUUGCAUAUGAUGGAGGUUAUGAGAGACCUUUGCAACCUGUCCCUGGAGAUUGUGGGUACCACCUACAUGCACAUUGGCUAGUUCUUUGUCAUCCAACUACAAAUGAGAUGAUCAAAAUCACAGCUCCUCUGCCACAUAUCCUACAGACUAGAGAGGAACAGCAAGAUACAGCUAAGCUACUCGGUGGUUGAACCCUUCAAUUUUCAUGGUCAGCUUGAGUUCACAGGCUCCAGUGAAGCAGGGCACCCUAUACAACAAAAAAACCAAGUGAAAACUUCAGGUUCUGUACUGGGCAAUGGCCAUCUAUUGCUGCAAAACCCAUGGAGAUGGACGCCGAUUGAUACUCCUGUCCACCUGUGGGUGCGUGCUUUGCGACUAGCUAACCACUGAACGCUCCCAAGGGCUAGUUUUUUAAUAUAAUAUUUUGAUAUUUUCUAUUGUAUGGUCAAAAUCAAGAAUUGAUCUCAGUAAGUACUCUUUUCGUUCUAAAAUAUAAGCACAUAGGAUUAGAUGUGACAUUUCCUAGUACUACGAAUCUGGACGGACUAUUUGUUCAGAUUCGUAGUACUGGGAAAUAUCCCAUGCGGUCCUAGUUUUAUAUAUUUGGGGUUAGAGGGAGUAAUAUUUUGGCUAUAAAAAAGCAUUGCACAUUGUUGGCAACCCAUCUCCAAGAAUAUAGAAUUUACUACCUCCGUUA